CUAAAUUUGGAAUGUGGGACUACCGGUGCUUGAUAACUCUUCAUGACUUACUCCAGUGACGACUCAGAUCCUUUCAGGGAUCAUCCAGAUCCCAGUGCACCACUAGCAGCUUUUACAAGUGAUCGGACUUCUCCCAGAAGGUUAUACCAGUUGAACACGGAGGUCGCACACUCUGACGACGAUUCAGAAUUUGUGGGUAUUCCAUCAUCAUUGCUGGGAAACCCCAAUCAAAGAAGAUCUCCCAACAUAUUUACUAGAAGCUCAAUGUAUGCUCAACCAAAUGUGAACAGUCUUCUGAGUUUGUCAGUUCCUCCUCUUACUCCUGAGACAGCUAGAACACCGCGAGCAAACUACACCUUGCAAGAAAGCCCAAAAAGAAAAAAACAAGCGGGCUAUAAUCUUUCUCGGAUUUCAUCAAUACGGAAUAAAGAAGAUGAUGUGAGUCCUGUCCAAAAUUUUCAAUCCCCAGAUCGACUCAGUAAAAGUGAGAGGAUCUUAGAACCUCCCGAACCCAUCUUUACACCAGAAGCCCUAGCUGAAGCCAAAACUCUCAGCAGCGAAGUGUUUGAUGACCAGACUCUUCAUCUGAGUGCAAACAGUGAAUACGCAUAUCAGAUUUACCAAAAAGAGUAUGAUGACAAGCAGAGUUUCUCUGAUGUAAAUACCGCAGUUACGAGUGAGUCUUACCAGACUUCGAAUCAAGAGAGUGAUUAUUUUGGGGCAUCGUUAGAUAAAGAUAUGAUGCAGAAUAUCACAAAAGACUAUGUUCCCAAUAAGGAGAAAACUUUUAUGAAACGCAAGGUACGGCUUGUCGACGGCAAGUCUGGAAACCUUGUAUUAGAGAAUCGAAUUCCCGAAGAAUUGCAAAAGGUGCUCACUCGAACUGACUCCCCUUUUGGUGAAUUCACAAACAUGACGUACACUGCUUGCACAGCUGAACCUGACAACUUCGUGCAAGAGGGAUUCACUCUUCGGGCUGCAAAGUACGGAAGAGAAACCGAAAUAGUAGUCUGUGUUACUAUGUAUAACGAGGAUGAAACUUCUUUUGCCAGAACGAUGCAUGGAAUAAUGAAGAACGUUGCACAUUUGUGUUCUAGAAGCAAAUCAUCAAUUUGGGGAAGAGACUCGUGGAAGAAAGUACAGGUAAUUAUUGUCGCGGAUGGACGCAAUAAAAUCAACGAGUCUGUGUUACAACUUUUAACUGCAACUGGUUGUUAUCAGGACAAUUUGGCCAGGCCAUAUGUUAACAACAGAAAGGUAAAUGCUCAUUUAUUUGAGUACACCACUCAAAUUUCAAUCGAUGAGAAUCUCAAGUUCAAAGGAGAUGAGAAGAGCUUGACUCCAGUUCAGGUACUAUUCUGCUUGAAAGAACAGAAUCAAAAGAAAAUCAAUUCUCAUAGAUGGCUAUUUAAUGCGUUUUGCCCAAUUCUAGACCCAAACGUGGUUGUCUUACUAGAUGUCGGAACAAAACCAGACAAUCAUGCAAUCUACAAUAUGUGGAAAGCUUUCGACCAGGACUCCAAUGUUGCUGGUGUAGCCGGGGAAAUUACUGCCAUGAAAGGAAAGGGAUGGAUUAAUUUACUCAAUCCUCUCGUUGCGUCUCAAAACUUUGAAUAUAAAAUGUCCAACAUUUUGGAUAAGCCUUUGGAAUCUGUUUUUGGAUAUAUAUCUGUUUUACCGGGCGCCCUAUCCGCAUACAGAUACAUUGCUUUGAAAAAUCAUGAGGACGGUACAGGUCCGUUACAUGCCUACUUCAAAGGCGAGGAUCUUUUGACAAGUCAUCAUGAAAGAAACAGCAAGACAAACUUUUUCGAAGCGAAUAUGUAUUUGGCCGAAGAUCGAAUUUUAUGCUGGGAGCUCGUUGCGAAGCGGAAUGAAAAUUGGGUCUUGAAGUUCGUGAAGCAAGCGACUGGAGAAACAGAUGUCCCCGAUACAGUUCCUGAAUUCUUGCUACAAAGACGCAGAUGGAUGAAUGGUGCAUUCUUUGCUGCCCUAUAUUCUUUGCGCCAUGCUAAUAGGAUCUGGCAAACAGACCACUCUUUUACAAGAAAAUUUUGGUUUUGCUUCGAAUUUGCUUAUCAAUUGCUCACAUUAACAUUUUCAUUCUUUUCUUUGAGCAAUUUCUAUUUGACGUUUUAUUUCUUGACUGGAUCAUUGAUCCUGGAAGACAGUCUCGGGAAUGGUGGCUUUUGGAUAUUUACAAUAUUCAAUUACAUUUGCAUUUGCGUCUUAACGUCAAUGUUCGUUGCCUCUAUUGGUAAUAGACCUCAAGCUUCGAAAAACAUUUUUAAGGUACUCAUGAUUCUUUUAACCAUUUGUGCUUUAUAUGCUUUGAUAGUCGGAUUAUACUUUGUAAUAACGACUAUUCAGAAGUUCGGGACGGGCGAGACAUCGUCAUCCGUUUUCGUGAGCAUAGUUGUUUCUUUAUUGGCAACGUACGGACUUUACACUUUGACAUCUAUUUUAUAUUUGGAUCCUUGGCAUAUGGUUACGUGCUCACUCCAAUACUUUUUAUUGAUCCCCUCAUAUACGUGCACCUUGCAGAUUUUUGCAUUUUGCAACACGCAUGAUGUCUCUUGGGGCACGAAAGGGGACAGUGAUCCAAGGGAGGAUAAGACAAACCAGUACAUUAUCCAAAAGAAUGAUGAGGGUGAGUUUGAGGCCGUCAUCCUCGACUAUAACAUUGAUGAGGUAUAUCUCGAAACACUCUACAACAUACGCGCCAAAAGAUCAAGUCAAAAAGUGAAAAGCAACAAAAAUCAGGCGAAAACUAUUGACGGAGAGGACUAUGCCAAAAAUGUUAGGACAAAAGUUGUCUUAAUAUGGCUUUUGGCUAAUCUUAUUUUUAUCAUGACAAUGUUGCAAGUAUAUGAACCGGGGGAAACAUCACAGAACUACUACCUAGUGUUCAUCCUUUGGUUUGUGGCUUUCUUCGCUUUCAUUAGAGCAACAGGGUCUAUCGCGUACCUCAUUCAGAAUUUGGCUCGUAGAAUGGUGCAAGCUAAUAGCAAAUGGAGCCACAACAAAAUGGGGUACUCGCAUGCUGGCACCAAGUCACUAAACUAGGUAACUACUUCUGCGAAAAUAUAUAUAUAUAUAUGCACUCCUGAGUAAAUAUUCGAGAAACAGACGAUGGGUUGAUAUUCUC